AGAGCCGGUCGCGUUUUCCUGAAUGGCCCCGCGUCCGCCUCAGGCUCACGGCGUUCAGCCCAGCAUUCCAUUGUCACAUUCUUUGCUGUUAAUUUCGCCAGGUUUUUCUGAAUGGGAUGAGGACAGAAAUCUGUUCUGAAAUCUGUUGCAGAGUUUGUCAGCCGCUGCCCUGAAGGGUGCUUUUUUUUAUUUUUUUAUUUAUUUUUUUAUAGUUUAGCUGCUUUCAACAAGCAAAUCUGUGCCCUUUAGGACUGUCAACCUUCAGCUCUUUUUUUCGGUUGGGCAAGAUGAAACAGUUCUAUUUUUAAGACCAGUGAAGACACAUAUGUAUUUAAUAUUGGGAUCGUUUACCGCAAGCGGUCCUACGAGGCGUGGUUUCUUAAGCGCUCAAGUGGCUUAAAAAUUGGGAGCCUUAAAAAUUGGGAACCUGGUUGGAUUUAAUAGUGGUUUCAGGUAGAGGAAACUUUCAAUUGCUUCUGUUCAGCUUCUCAUGUUGAGUGGAGGGCUUUAUUCAGGCAGCUGAUAUCCCUUUCGGAGCUUAAGAAAUUAUGUUCUUUAUUGCAUUUCAUAAAUCCUGUAUAUUAGAGGAAUCCUGUUGAACACUUGGUAGCUAGCUACUCCUGCCCAGAUAUCUUCAGGGGUUAAUUCUGCAUUGUUUGGAAAGCCCAUUUUCUUUUUAAUUGUUGACUUAGGAGUGUAGGAACCACAUUCCAAAGCAAAGCUACACUAUUCAGGGAGGGAGCAUUUUGUGUCCUUUUUGGUUCUUGGUUCCUUUGUGAACUUUUCCCCCAGAUAACAACACUAAUUCUCUCUUUUUCUCUUCUUCCCUCAUGACUCUAGAGCAAAGUCUGAAAUGGAUGUUACAUGAAUCAUUUUAAGGGAUGCACACAACUAUGAACAUUUCUGAAGCCUUUUUCUCAGUAAAGUAGAUAAAGAUGGAUGAAUCUGCCUUGUUGGAUCUUUUGGAGUGUCCCGUGUGUCUGGAGCGCCUUGAUGCUUCUGCGAAGGUCUUGCCUUGCCAGCACACGUUUUGCAAACGCUGUUUGCUGGGGAUCGUAGGUUCUCGAAAUGAACUCAGAUGUCCCGAGUGCAGGACUCUCGUUGGCUCGGGUGUGGAGGAGCUCCCCAGUAACAUCCUGCUGGUCAGACUUCUGGAUGGCAUCAAGCAGAGGCCUUGGAAACCUGGCCCUGGUGGGGGCAGUGGGACCAACUGCACAAAUGCAUUAAGGGCUCAGAGCAGCACGGUGGCUAAUUGUAGCUCAAAAGAUCUGCAGAGCUCCCAGGGUGGACAGCAGCCUCGGGUGCAAGCUUGGAGCCCCCCAGUGAGGGGUAUACCUCAGUUACCAUGUGCCAAAGCAUUAUACAACUACGAAGGAAAAGAGCCUGGAGACCUUAAAUUCAGCAAAGGGGACAUCAUCAUUUUGCGACGACAAGUGGAUGAAAAUUGGUACCACGGGGAAGUCAACGGGAUCCAUGGCUUUUUCCCCACCAACUUUGUGCAGAUUAUUAAACCAUUACCUCAGCCCCCACCUCAGUGCAAAGCACUUUAUGAUUUUGAAGUGAAAGACAAGGAAGCAGACAAGGAUUGCCUUCCCUUUGCAAAGGAUGAUGUUCUGACUGUGAUCCGCAGGGUGGAUGAAAACUGGGCCGAAGGAAUGCUGGCAGACAAAAUAGGAAUAUUUCCAAUUUCAUACGUUGAGUUUAACUCGGCUGCCAAGCAGCUGAUAGAGUGGGACAAGCCUCCCGCGCCGGGCGUUGACGCCGGGGAGUGUCCCGCGGCCGCAGCCCAGAGCAACACUGCCCCGAAGCACUCCGACACCAAGAAGAACACCAAAAAGCGGCAUUCCUUCACUUCGCUCACCAUGGCCAACAAGUCCUCCCAGGCAUCCCAGAACCGCCACUCCAUGGAGAUCAGCCCCCCUGUCCUCAUCAGCUCCAGCAACCCCACGGCGGCCGCGCGCAUCAGCGAGCUGUCCGGCCUGUCCUGCAGCGCCCCUUCCCAGGUUCAUAUAAGUACCACCGGGUUAAUUGUGACCCCACCCCCGAGCAGCCCGGUGACCACCGGCCCCUCGUUUACUUUCCCGUCAGACGCUCCCUACCAGGCUGCCCUUGGCACUCUGAAUCCUCCUCUUCCCCCACCGCCUCUCCUGGCUGCCACUGUCCUCACCUCCACCCCACCAGGCGCCGCUGCUGCUGCUGCUGGAAUGGGACCGCGGCCCGGGGCAGGAUCCGCUGACCAGAUUGCACAUUUACGGCCUCAGACCCGCCCCAGCGUGUUUGUUGCUAUAUAUCCGUACACUCCCCGGAAAGAGGAUGAACUAGAGCUGAGGAAAGGGGAGAUGUUCUUGGUGUUUGAGCGCUGCCAGGACGGCUGGUUCAAAGGAACAUCAAUGCACACCAGCAAGAUAGGGGUUUUCCCUGGCAAUUACGUGGCACCAGUCACAAGGGCGGUGACAAGCGCUUCCCAAGUGAAAGUCCCUAUGUCCACGGCUGGCCAGUCGGGCCGGGGGGUGACCAUGGUCAGUCCCUCUGCUUCAGGGGGGCCUGCCCAGAAGCUCCAGGGGAACGGCGUGGCCGGGAGUCCCAGCGUGGUCCCCACCGCUGUGGUGUCAGCCGCACACAUCCAUACGAGCCCGCCGGCCAAGGUCUUGUUGCACAUGGCCGGGCAGAUGACCGUCAGCCAGGCCCGCAGCGCGGUGAGGACAGUGGCCGCACACAGCCAGGAGCGCCCCACGGCAGCAGUGACGCCCAUCCAGGUGCAGAACGCCGCCUGCCUCGGCCCUGCGGCCGCGGGGUUGCCCCACCACCCGCUGGCCUCUGCCCAGCCCCCACCGCCUGCAGCAGGCUCUGCCCCCCACGCUGCCACUGUCGGGGCCAGUCGAGCCGGCGCCCCCCUGGCCUGCAUGGCGGCCGCCUCUCUGACCUCCUCGAGCAUCGCUGCCGGCGCCCUGGAGAACGAGCCGGGCGGCCGGACGGCGACCAUCCUGCCCGGACUUCCCACGUCUCCUGACAGCGCCUCCUCGGCUUGCGGGAGCAGUUCGGCGUCCAGACCCGACAAGGACAGCAAAAAAGAAAAGAAGGGCUUGCUGAAGUUGCUCUCUGGCGCCUCCACCAAGCGCAAGCCGCGGGUGUCGCCCCCAGCGUCGCCCACCCUGGACCUGGAGCUGGGCGGUGAGCUGCCCCUGCAGGGAGCGGUGGGCCCAGAGCUGCCCCUCGGCGGUGGCCAUGGCAGGGCCGGCUCCUGCCCCACGGAUGGAGACGGCCCGGUCGCGGUGGUGGCGGCGGGCGCAGCCCUGGCGCAGGACGCGUUCCACCGGAAGGCGAGCUCGCUGGACUCGGCCGUGCCCAUUGCGCCCCCGCCGAGGCAGGCCUGCUCCUCCCUCGGCCCUGUCGUGAGCGAGGCCAGGCCCGUUGUUUGCGAAAGGCACAGGGUGGUGGUUUCCUACCCACCCCAGAGCGAGGCGGAACUCGAACUCAAAGAAGGAGACAUUGUGUUUGUUCAUAAGAAGCGGGAGGAUGGCUGGUUCAAAGGCACGUUGCAGCGUAACGGGAAGACCGGCCUUUUCCCGGGAAGCUUCGUGGAAAACAUCUGAGGAAGCCAGCGCGGAGAAGGCUUGACGAUCGGGCCACACAGCGAAACAGCACAAAGCGACUCACGGAAAGAGCACAUCUGUGGACUCGCGGCCGGCCGGGAGCGAGUAAGGACUGGCGCGUGACUCGGUGCCCGCCGGCCGCCCGGCUCGCGGACGGGCGCGUGCGCGGUUUCCCGCCCUGGGACCGGCGCGCCGUGUGCCUUGUACUGUCCCGUACGCUAUACAGAAACUUGUUUUUUAAAGAUACGUAACUAAAAUGGACGAUUGUUUACAAGGCUUAACUAAUUUAUUUGCUUUUUUAAACUUGAACUUUUCUUAUAAUAGAUAAAUUCUUCGGAUUAUGAUUUUAAGAGAUUAUUAAUUUAUGAAAUGAUAGCUAAGGAGAAGCUGGAUUAUCUCCUGUUGCGAGCAAGAGGUUCGUUUUGACGUAGAAUGCAUCUUCCCCCCCCCACCGUUAUAAUCUGGGGUCAUGUUUUCUUCUUUAAGACAGAGACGCCAGCACUCUGGUCUGGUUCCCUUCUUUGGGAAACCGAACGGACAUUCAGCUGAGUCAGUGUCCAUAAGGGCUGAGGGUAGGGAGACAGAAACUCAAGACGGGAGAACUCAGUGACUCCCCGUCUCUCUAGUUUGGUCAGGAAUCCCCCUUAAGACGUAGUCCUCAGUUUCAUUUUGUGGGUUUCUAGUUUUCCUAGAAUGAAAUCAGUGAAGCGAUUAGGGAAGAAUAAAGCACAACCCUUGAAGAGAAAGUAUUCAGAAACAUAUUUAGUUUUAUAGCAGAAGCAGCUCCCUUCGUUUGUUGUUGAAAGUGGAGAAGGUGGAAGUUGUGCUCCCUGUCUGAGGGUGACUGUGAAGUGUCACUGCCCGUCGUUCCCCAAGCCGCCUGCGUGCGGGCCACGGCCGGACGUCCGUGAGGUAGUGGUGGUCAGUGGUGCCUGUGUCGAGCCCAAGGCUGUGAGAAACACUGUGAAAGUCUCCCCUCAUCCCUUGUGACGUCCCCACGCCUUGCAUGUGCAGCCGGGUCCCGCGGUGACACGGACUGGGCGUGGCGUGCGUGUCUCACGGCAGUUCCCGCGGAGGUUGGCCUGUGCCGAGAACCGACCGAGGCACGAGGCGCACAGUCCACGCUGUGCUCCGCCCCGCCCUGGAGCCGCUGCUGCCGCCUCUCGGGUAAGGCGCCCGGGAGCCGCGCCCCGAGCCGUGAGCGGAAGUGCUCCCGGCUGAGGGCGGCAGGGACGGGGUGAGCGUGCCCACGCCUUGCAACUGUGGCAGCAUCCAGCAGAGCCCGUCUGUUUACGUCCGCUCUCGGAUGUCACUGGCCUCCCCACCGGUGUCACCGUGUGCCACGCGGCUGUGGGUCUCGGUAACGACGGAGGGAAGACGGCUGGUGGUGAAUGAGGUCGUUACCACGGUUUUCUCAUGGUCAAUAAAUUAAACCUUUUCUUUUUUUACUUUUAAGAAUUAAAACUGGGAGACAGAAACGUGAACUAAAAAGUCCUCUUGCGGUGACAAGAGGCUUCAUGGUCUUAAAAAGAUAUAUUAUGUGGUUGAAAAUAAAAUCAUUCCUAAAUUAACCAUUUUUUUAAAAAAAAACACUGUACAUUAUGUUCCUCUGUGUUGAUUUUUUUAAAAAUACUUGGAUAUUCAUGUAAUAUAUAAAAGUUUGGUGAAAUGAACUUUAGUUAGGAAAAAAAAAAGCUGGCAGCAGCUUUCAUCUGUGUAAGUUGACACCAAUGUGUCAUAAUAUUCUUUAUUUUGGGAAAUUAGUGUAUUUUAUAAAAAUUUUAAAAAGUAAAAAGACUACUACAGGUUAAGAUAAUUUUUUUACCUGUCUUUUCUCCAUAUUUUAAGCUAUGUGAUUGAAGUACCUCUGUUGAUAGUUUCCUGGUAUAAAGUUGGUUAAAAUUUCAUCUGUUAAUAGAUCAUUAGGUGAUACAAUGUAUGGGUUUUCUAUUGGUUUUUUGGAGACAGUAGAUGGAGAUUUUGUAACAAGGGCUUGUUACACAGUGAUACGGUAAUGGUAAAACUGCAGUUUAUCAUUCCUUUCCAUGUUAAUAAUUUGAGGACUGGAUAAAAGGUUUUGAGAUUAAAAUGUGAUGUUCAACCUUUAA